AUGGCGUUUAUUAAAGAGGAAAGUAAGGAUGUGAAGAUUGAAGAAACAUUCACAGUAAAACAUGAAGAUCUGCAGGAACAAGCAGACCUGAUGGUGCUGAAAGAAGAGACUCACCAAUGGAAUGAAAUGGAAGAGAAACAGUUUGAGAAACACCAAGAAAUAACAACUGAUGAAAAACACACACUGACCGAAAAGACUUCAUCAUGCGAAAGACCUCGGAAAUCCAAAUGUCGUCAGUGUGGAAAAUGUUUCAGUCGAAAACACAACCUUCAAGUCCACAUGAGAAUUCACACUGGGGAGAAGCCUUACCCUUGCCCUCAGUGUGGAAAGAGUUUUAAGCAAAAUGGCUACCUUAAAGUCCACAUGAGAACUCACACUGGAGAGAGGCGCUACACAUGCCAACAGUGUGGACAACGCUUCUAUACUACAGGAAACUUUGCACAGCACAUGAGAAUUCACACUGGAGGGAGGCUGUACACAUGCCUACAGUGUGGAAAAAGCCUCUAUCAGUCAGCAAACUUGGCAGCGCACAUGAGAAUUCACACUGGGGAGAAGCCUUACUCUUGCAAUCAGUGUGGAAAGAGUUUUAAGCAAAAUAGCACCCUUGAAGACCACAUAAGAACUCACACUGGAGGCAUAAUUUUUACUUGCACACAGUGUGGGAAAGGUUUUGCUCAAAAGCAAGACCUUGAGAUCCACAUAAUGAUUCACAAUGGAGAGAAACCUUACUUUUGCACAGAGUGUAGUAAAAGUUUCAGAUGUAAAACUUCACUCAAACACCACAUGAUAAGUCACACCGGAGAGAAGCCGUUUACAUGUGCUCAGUGUGGAAAGAGCUUCACAACCAAAGCUAGCCUCAAGAACCACAUGAAUGGUCACAUUGGAACCAUAGUGUUCACAUGUGAUCAGUGUGGAAAGACUUUCACACGCAAAGACACCAUUAGGAAACACAUGAAGAUUCACUCACGAGAGGAUCGUUUUAGAUGCAGUGAAUGUGGAAAGGGCUUUAAAUGUAAAAGAAGCCUCAACACUCACAUGAAGCUUCACAAUGGGGAGCAGAGUCCUCAAAAUUGAGGCUUUGUCCAGCGGAGCUUAGGGCACUUGAAAACAUAUCAAGUUACUGGAAAUGAAACCCUUUGAACACCUGAAGAUUUAAACUCAAUAACUGAGGAGGGGUGAAGAUUUUUUUUUUUUUUUGUAGUGUAGAUCAUGGGUCACAGUGCAGUACCAGGUUGUAAGAGUUUCAACUUUAUAUUGAACCAAUAACCAUGUUUUUGCACAUUGCACACUUCCAUCAAAUGGUCAGCACUAAAAAGAAAAUUAGAAAGAUUAGGGAGGAGAAACUGUCCUGCACCCUUUGUUUUGAUAAUUUAUAUAGUUUUUUUUUUUAUAUGUAAUUCAUAUUGUUUGAUUGUCAUUUACGUGAACAAACACAGAUUUGCCUCCAGUUUUGGACUUUUGUCUGCAAUUUACAAAAUUUGUUGGCGAAUGAAAAUCCGGCUUAUCUCAUGUGGUGUGAACUCGCCAUAAGGCAAUGACAGUGACUGACUCCCUAAAACCCUGUUCAGACUACACAAUGCCAUUUGCCAGUUGCAACAGAUCAGAUAUGUGUCAGAUUAUUAUGUGGUUUCGGGUAACAAAUGACGACUUUGGUUUCAAAACCCUAAACAUUUAUUUUGAUGGACUGAUUUAAGAAAGGAAAAAGCUUUCUUUAUAAAGACAAUUUAGCUUUCUGUACACAACUGGUUACCUUUAAAGAUAUGUUCAUGUGAAAACUCACAUUACUACAAAUAAAUUGGUGUAUGGGAAA